AUGGAUCUGGAAAAGAAGCCCUCAGUCACGACCAAUGUCGAGGUCUCCACAGGGCAGACCACGAAGCGUGGACUCAAAUCGAGACAUGCUCAAAUGCUGGCGCUCGGGGGUACGAUCGGAACUGCAUUGUUUGUGAGUUCUGGUCAGACUCUCGCUCGAGGAGGACCUGCCUUUAUACUGGGAUGCUUCUGCUUCAUAUCCAUUGCGGUAUACACGGUGCUGGCGGGAUUGACAGAGGUGGCUACCUGGCUUCCCGUCCCAGGAAGCUCGGUCAGUCUGUAUGCAAGUCGAUUUGUAUCGCCAUCGUUCGGAUUUGCGACCGGAUGGCUAUACGUUUACAGCAUGAGUAUCCUGGCACCCUAUGAGAUCACAGCGGCGUCCCUGGUAAUUAGCUAUUGGCAUAGUUCAAUUAACAUUGCUGUAUGGAUAUCUAUCAUGAUCGUGCUCAUGGUCCUGCUGAAUGCUCUACCGGUAAAGUUCUACGGUGAAACAGAGUUCUGGUUUGCUUUUAUGAAGGUCGUGAUGAUGACAGGGCUGCUUAUUGUCUCGGUGGUUAUUUUCUUUGGAGGAGGCCCAACGCACGAUCGCCUGGGAUUUCGCUACUGGAAUAACCCUGGAGCAGCGAAUGAAUACCUUCUACCAGGAAACACGGGACGCUUCCUUGCCCUAAUUUCGACUCUCACUCUGGCCGCCCUCCCCUUCACUUUCGCUCCUGAAUUCCUCAUCCUGACGACCGGAGAGAUGGCCGCACCACGAAAGACUCUCCCCAAAGCAUCCCGCCGCUAUAUCUACCGCAUUCUCUUUUUCUACAUUCUCUCCGUCCUUGCCAUCGGGGUGAUCUGUCCAUCCACCGACUCCCGCCUCACCAGCGGCGGCCAAGGAGCCGGUGCUUCACCCUUCGUCGUGGGCAUAAAGAACGCCGGCAUCCCAGUGCUAGACAGCAUAAUCAACGCCGGAAUCCUUCUUUCCGCCUGGUCCUCGGGAAACGCUUUCCUCUACAUGGCCACCCGAUCCCUCUACUCGCUCGCCCGCGCAGGAAACGCUUCAUCAUGGUUCCUCGCGUGCACCGAAUCCGGCGUACCCUAUCGCUGCGUAGCCAUGUGUUCGCUCUUCUGCGCUCUAGCCUACCUCAACCUCAGCAACAGCGCAGCAGUCGUCUUUAACUGGUUCGUCAACUUCACCAACCAAUCUGCCUUUAUCUCCUGGACGUGCUGCUGUAUCGUGCACCUUCGGUUUCGCAAGGCGUGCAAUGCCCAGGGCGUGACGGAUCUACCAUAUGUGUCCCGAUUCCAACCCUGGGGAUCAUAUGCGGGAUUGGCUCUGUUUCCGUUCCUCGCGCUGGCGAAUGGCUUCGAUGUGUUCUUUCCGUCGAAUUGGAGCGUGGAGUCGUUUCUGACGGCAUAUAUUGGUAUUCCGCUGUUCUUUGUGAUUUAUCUCGGUCAUCGGGUUUAUACUUGGUAUGAGCCUUGGGUGAGGGAUUCGAGGUCGGUGGAUUUGCAUUCGGGGUUGGAGGAGGUGUUGGAAGAGGAGGAACCGGUCGUAAGUGAUAAUAAGUGGUGGAGCGUGGUUAAUCGACUAUGGGAGUAG